AUGGAUAUAGAGAAAUCUAAUAAUAGCUCUGAUAAACUUCUGGAUUUAGACAGAAGAAUAAAUAGAUAUGAGAGAGAAAUAACCUAUCUAUAGUAAAAAAAUGAAAGCAUGAACAGCUAGCUAAAGAUUUUACUUAAAGAAAAAGAAAAAUAUGAUGAUUCUGUGAAAGAUAUGAAAAGAGAGUUAAUAGAGAAAAAGUAGACAUGCCAGGAGUUAGAAUAAAAGCUCGAGUAAUCUGAGAGGGAUCAGAAACAACUUUAAGAAACAUAUAGGAAGACGCUAAAUGAUAUAUUAAAAAAUCAAAAAUCAGAGGAAGCUUGCAGAUUAAACAAUUAAAUUGAGAAAUAAAAAGAGUAACUUGAAAUGUAUUAAGACAACAUCUUAAAAUUAGAGAGAGAGAAGGAAAAUCUAAACGAAAGUCUUGAAAUUUUAUAGUAAUAAAUUCAAAAAAUGAAAGAAAAUGAGAGCAAUUUGUAUUAAUCUUCUUCGGUCCUACUUCAAAGCAACGCAUAAACUCUAAGUCUAGCUUCUACUUUAGAAACAAAUACAUCAAAUUUAAGCACCUCAAGUUCGGCUGUUUAAAAUUUAGAUUUCUCAUUAAAUGCAUAAAUCUCUUCUUAUACUCUAUAGAUUUCUAGUUUGAAAAACUAACUUGAAUCUGCAAGAAAAGAUUCAGAUGAUAAUAAGGCCAAUUUUUUAAAGCUAAAAAACACUAUGAAUGAAUAGGUUUUGAAAUUUUAGCAGUAAGUAACAGAUAAAGAUGCAAUAAUUUUAGAAAAGCAAGGUGAAAUAGAGUCUUUAAAAAAUUAGAUCAAAGCUCUUAAAGAGUAAGUAGAUUAGGAUAAUAUUGAUAAGCAUGACUUAAAAUAAAAUUAUGAGCAAAGCUUAAAUAAAUAAAAAACAGAAAUUCUAUAGCUAUAACAACAAAUAGAAAAAUUAGAAAAAAAUAAUUAAUAGCUUCUUGAGGAAAUACAAAACAUGGGACAAAAAAAUAGUAUUUUAUAAGAUAGUGUAAUACCUACAGAAGAAGAUAGCAUUCGAGAAAUUACUUUAAAAUAUAAUCAAAUUUAAAAAGAUUAUAUUUAGGUAUCAGAUAAAAAUAAAUAAUUGCAAGCUUAAAUUGAAUAUUUAAAAAGAGACAUCAAAUAAAAAUUACCAGUUUUAGGUUUACGUAAAAAUGAAUACUAAACGAUGCACACCAAUUACUAAAAUAUAAAAGAAAAGCUAGCUUUAUCUAUUAAAAAUGCAAAUUAGCUCUAACUAGAAAAAAGUACUCUUCUUGAACAAAUUGAGAAGUUAUCUUAAUAAAAAUCAGAAAAAAAUAAAAAAGUAGAAGCAGUAGAACACGAUUGCUACUAUUUAAAUUUUUUGCUUAACAAAUUGAAGAAGGUUGUAGUUGAAAGAAACAAUCUUGAAGGAAUCAAUUUAGUGCAUUAUAAUUUGGAAUAUAUUAAGUAAGUAGGAAUUUCAGAGUCUGAAAAACAAGAGUACGAAUUAUUAAGAUAGCAAUUAAAAGAAAAAACAAUCUAAUAGGAAUUGGAAGAAGAAAAUAAUGAAAUUCAGUAGCUAAAAAGUUUUGUUAAAGCUGAUGAGUACAAUAAAAUUAUAGAAAAGUGCAAGUUAAAAGAAGAAGAGUGUUUUACAUUGCAAAAUGAAAUAGUCGAGUAUAAAGAUAAAAUUGAAAAGCUAGAAUAAAUUGAUGCCAUCAGAUAUAAAAUUUUGGGUGAAGCUAAUUCGACUAUAUCCCAAUUUAAUUCUUAGGUAUUAAAUAAUGAAUUAUUGUAAAAAGAAAGAUGUAAACUUAAUAAAGUUGAGGAGGAAAGAGAUUAUUAUAAAAAAGAAUUCAAUAAAUGCUAAUUUGAGCUAUCACGUAUAAAGAAUGAGUAAGAAAUAUUAAAAGAAAUGAUAGAACAAGUUUAAGUAUAAGCCAACUUGUAUAGUUCUAAAUAUGAGCAAAUACUCAAAAGUUAGCUAAAAGAAAAUACAGCUUUCGAGUAGUGUAGAGUUGAAAGUAAGAGACUGAAGUAAUAAUUACUUGAAGUAAAGAUUAAAAAUGAAUCUUUAAUUGGAGAAAAUAAUAGGCUCAAUUCCUAAAUUGAAUUCUAACAAAAAUAAAUUAAACAAGAAACUUAGAAUUACAUAGAUGCUCUGAAGAAGAAAUCUUUCUUUAUAGAAAGAGACUAGAAAUCAUCGUUAGAAUUAAAGAAUUUAAGAACUAAAAUAACAGAGUAAAACAAGAUAAUUACUGAGCUAAGAGAAAAAAAUCAAUUAGAAAUUGAAGUUAUUUAAACUAGAUUGAACGAGCAAUAGAUAAGCUUCUAAUAAUCCUAGGUUUAUUAAAAUAUAUUAAUUGAAAACUUAAAGCUUUUGACUUAAUAAUCAACAAAUAAGACAAAAACUUUAAAUAGAAUUAUACAAGACUAAGAAAAGGAAAUAAAGUAGCUAAAAGCAAAACAACAAAAUAUAAGUAUGUUGGAUGAAAAUGGAGAUUAAAUCUAAGACCCUACAAAAGACAUGAUAUUAGAUGAAAAUUUUGUUAGAUUGGAUACUUAAUUCCUCAAAAAUUUAAAUAAAAUGGAAUAAAUUGUUUCUGAUCAAAAAGAGGAGCAUUAAAAAAGUAUUUAAUAGAUGCAAAGCAUUUUAGAGGAAUUAGCUGAAAAGUGUGUAGUACUCUCUGAUAAGUUAAAAGAGGCAGAAAAAUUAAAUGAAGAUAGUAACAAUAGAAUAAAGACUCUAGAAGAAUAACAUCUAGUAAAUAUCGAUAAGAAAGAAAAAGAAUUUUAACUACUGCUAGAAUAAAAGUAAAAAAUGUAUUCAGAUGUAUAGUAAAGAUUCGAAGAGUAUAGAAAAGAGCAACAAAAACAAUAACAAGAUAUCAUAACAAAAAUGUAACAAGAAUAGUAAAUUUAAUCAGAAAAUAAUGAAAGUUCAUUUAAGUUAAAGAGACUAACUGAUGAAAAAGAAGAAUUAGCUUAAUAAUUAAAAGAAAUUAAAGAGUAUUUAGGACAACUAGCUAGUGAAAAAUUAAUAUUAGAAUCUGCUAAUAGAAAUGAAAUUGAAUAUUAUGUUAACUAGUUAAAUAAAAACUAGCAGUAACUAUUAAAGGUUUAAGAAGCAGUAAAUUAGGAUGCUGCUAUGGAUAUAGAAGAAAAAGACAUCAGUGAAUAAAAAGAAACUUAAACCAAUUAAAAAAAUACAGAUCCUUAAGAUGCUCUCUUAAAAAAGAUAAAUGAUGAAAGCAUGAUUUAUAAUUUUGAGCAAAAAAUAAAUCAAUUACAAAAGAAUGAGGAGGGUCUUCGUUCAGAAAAUGAAUUACUCCUACAAGAAAAAACUAAAAUUGAAUAAGAGCUUCAGUUACUUAAGAACUCAUAAAUUUAAGAGACUGAGGUUUAACCAACCGAGAAUUUAGCUGAAAUAAAGAAGAGUCACAUAAGUGAAAUUUAAGAGUUAUAAGGUUAAUUUGAAAAGGAAAAAUAGGUUUUAUAAAAACAAAUUUAGCAUUUAUCUCAAUUCAACAAGGGAAUUUCUUCUGAAGAAGCAUUCAAUAUUAACCUAAUCACUUAAAAAGAUGGAUUUUUAGAGUUAAUGGAGAAACUACAAAAAUAUAUUGAAUUAUAAACAUCAAAUAUAUAGAACAAUGAGUAAAUCGGCUCAGUAAACGUAGAUUAAUAAGAAUGA